AUGCGUGUUGUUGAUGGUAUUUUGAUGUUGUUAAUAGUAACUGAUAGAGCUUUACGUUUUAUGCUUAGAAAGGGCAACUGGGUCAUGGAGAUAGAAUCCAGCGUGACAGGCCAACUGUAUAAAAUAAUCAAAGCAGGAGGGGGAAGGAGCCACACAGUGGUAGUUACUGAUGAUGGUAAUUCCUUGGCAUUUGGCUGGAAUAAGCAUGGGCAGCUUGGUUCAGGUUCCACAAAAAAUGAAGUCGAGUCAUCUCCUGUUCGCUGUCUUGUGUCUCAAGUUACAAAUGUUGCCUGUGGAGCUGAAUUCACUGUCUGGUUAUCAUCUGCUGAAGGAGCAUCUAUACUAACUGCAGGGCUUCCCCAGUACGGCCAGCUUGGUCAUGGAACAGACAAUGAGUAUAAUGCUAAGGAUAGCUCAGUGAGGCUUGUUUAUGAAGCCCAACCACGCCCUAGAGCUAUAGCUACUCUUUCUGGGGUAACUAUUGUCAAAGUUGCAUGUGGGACAGACCAUACAGUCACUGUGGAUACAAAUGGUUAUGUUUACAUGUGGGGCUUCGGUGGUUAUGGAAGGCUUGGGCACAGAGAGCAGAAGGAUGAGUGGGUUCCUCGUCUAGUUGAAGUAUUCCAAAGGCACAAUGUCCUUCCCCCCAAUGCAAUUGUUUCAGCAGGUUCUGUAAAUUCAGCAUGUACUGCAGGUGGUGGCCAGCUAUAUAUGUGGGGCAAAAUAAAGAAUACUGGUGAUGACUGGAUGUAUCCCAAACCUCUCAUGGAUUUAAUUGGCUGGAAUUUACGUUGCAUGGAUUCAGGCAAUAUGCACCAUUUUGUUGGUGCGGACUUGUCCUGCAUAAGCUGGGGCCAUGCUCAGUAUGGAGAGUUGGGAUAUGGUCCCGCCGGACAAAAGUCUUCCGCUGUUCCGGAAAAGGUAGACAUUCUGGAGGGCAUGCAUGUUGUCAGUGUUGCCUGUGGUAUGGGCCAUUCAAUGGUCGUUGUUGAUAAAACAAAUGUUGGUGAUAGGCUUGACCAGCUGGACAUUCAUGAUGUUAAAGCUUCUGGUGAAGGUAUGUGUCUCUGUCUCGGUAUCUCCACGGUUUUCAAUUAAUCGGGACUUCAUAAAUGAUUU